GGUCUAUCGGCCUGAAAUAACUCGCCAACAUGUCGCCAGCUUACUCUUCUCCUAUCUGCAAUACCUGAAGCCGGUGCACUUCAUGACGAUGCCAAAGAGGUUGGCUCCGCUGCUGCCAGCAGAUACCGAUGGUCAUCGGCUCCCUUUCGGCUCUCCUCGCGAGGAUCCCUCGAAAAGAAAACGAGUUGGAACAGAUGUCGCCUGCAAUCCAUGCCGGCGUAGGAAGACACGCUGUGAUGGAAUACGCCCAGCUUGCGCAGCUUGCCGAAAACGAUCAACCGAGUGCACAUUUGUCGAAAAGAAGGAGUUUCCGAGGCUCAGUCGAUCACCCGAAAGCUCCCAUGAAGUCCUUGAACUUUUGAAGUCUGCGCCGGAAUCGCAGGCCUUCGAGAUAUUGCGAUUGCUACGAACGAAUGGCGAUCCCAAUUCAGUUUUGAACAUCAUCAAAGGUGGCAUGAACGGGGUGGCACGGCCUUCCGAGCACGAUGCAGGCCGUGCUAUUCGCUCAACACAAUCACCUUUAGAGUUUGAGUUGAUGGUCAAAAACCCUGUGGCGUAUCCCGCUCUUCGCCACGUCCCUUUGACUACUCUGGAGCGCGACGGGCUUCUUCGGCCCAGCAGGCUUCGCCGAUCAAAGUCCGUCGACUACCAGUAUAACGGUCUACGCCAACAUCCUUCACCCAAUAGCAAAAGCACGGCAAAAUUGAUGGAUGGUUUGCCUAUUCACGAGGAUGACGAUGAGGAUGAUGAUGACGACGACGACAACAACGACAUGUUCCACCUAGACGCGCCCUCCAGUAGAGUCUCCGACGAAAGCAGAUAUCCGGUCCCCUUCCUCUGUGACGAACGACUUCGAGACCUGAAGAUCAGCUAUUGGACCGAUGUGUCUGUGACCGACGACUAUGCCGCGAGGGUCAUUUCGCUCUAUCUUGUCACCGACCACCCGCUGUUAGGCGUUUUCGAUCCGCAUCUUUUCAUUUCUGAUCUCGUUGGACAGCGGCAAACAUACUGUUCUCGCCUUCUCGUCAAUGCCCUCAUGUAUUGGGGCUGUCAAAUGUACACUGCUAUCGACCAAGACGCUGUUCGUCAUGCCGAAUCAUUCUGUAAAGAAGCGGAAAGGCUUUGGGUCCUUGAAAAGAACAAUACCACCAUCCUGAAUGCCGCAAGCGCCCAACUGCUGAGUCUGGCUUAUUUGGGCCAUGGGAAAGAUCAUUAUGUCCUCAAAUACCUUGCUGCUGCACUGCAAAUUGGCACACGCAUGUCUCUGUUUGGUAUCGAAACAACAAAGGCGCUGGAGGAAAUGGAACGCUUGUCUCCGCAAACUCGGAGAGCAAAUUCAUAUACCGCUUGGGGAAUAUUCAACUGGGGAGUCCUUACUACUCUCUUUUAUCAACAACCAGGGCUCGAAUAUCCCGUCUAUCCCCCCGUAUACCCGAUGCCCACUGAACCAACAUGCAGAGAGACACGAGGGGGUUCAGACAACCUCAGCCCUACUGCUUCGGAGGAAGACUUUCCUUCCUAUAUGGGCCAUACCUUCUCUGCAUUGUGCAAGUUCUGGCGCAUCAUCCAUGGCGUCACCUUGGCGUAUUACAAGAAUCGUCAAUAUCCUCUCCCUGGUCAUGUCUCACUCGAUUUUGCUGAGUUCAAGUAUCGCGAGCUUCUUACCUGGGCAGAGGGCUUACACCCUGACCAGAUGUUGAGGGACGGCUGCCCCCAUCAUGUCAUCAUCUUGCACAUAUGGUUCCAUGCCGCCAUCCUCGACAUUUUCCGACCAUUUAUCCGUAUCUCAAGACAUGAACGCCUCCGUCUCAAGACUUUCAAUGCUCGCUAUGCCUCUCCAGACGCCGCUUUUAAUGCUUCCGUCGGUCAGCUUAAACAGCUCAUCGUACGGUAUCGUUGCAGCUACGCGUCUUCGGCAUAUACUCUUCUGUGGCAAAGUGCUUUGAUCUACGUAGCCAACGCGGUACUGCACGACACCCAGAACCCCGAGUGGCGCUUCUACUUUCUCGCCUGUAUCUAUGGCUACGAAAGCCUCCGCAAGCCUUACCGGAUUGCCGAGGUCAUCACACGUGGCCUACUUACGAUGACUUUAAGGGAUGGAGACAUAACAGGCACCGAGGCGCGACACCUACUCAAACACAUUAGAGAGGCAGAAACAAACCAUGAGGAGGAUGAUGUACGGGCUACUUUUAUGGUUGAUCUCGAUCUUGCAAUGACGGACCCGGAUGCGGCUAGGGUUGAGAACCUAGCAAAGAGGUUCGAGGACAUUGCGCUGUUUCGAGAGUUCACUACGGUAGAUGACGAUGAUGUUAGGAAUUUCCAGCAGAUAGAUCCUACCGAUGCUGGCCGCGGGAGCAGGAGUGGAAGUGGAUGAUACCCUCGAUCUAA